AUGGCUGCUGCUGCUGACCCCGCGGCCCAGAGCCGCUAUCUUAAAGAAAAUGUGGACGCGGAUUUCCUCUUUCUUUUGGAGGAACAUGGGGUCGAUCUUGCUUUGCAGUUUGCAAUUGGUCAGCAUUACAAGAGCAUUCGCACCUUUGCUGCUUUUGCCGAUGAUCGUGGAACGGCUCGGACUGCUAUCACUGCUGACUUUGGAGUUAAGCCAGACAGCGCCGCGGACCGAGCUCGCGUAGCCUGCGUUAUCACUGCUUGGGAGGCUUCGAAACUCAUCCGUGAGGAAGAGGCCAAGCUUCGUGCAGAGGCUAAGGUUUUGGGGGUUCAAAAACCCUUGGCAUCAUCCGAUCGGGCGGCCAUGCGAGCUGCGUUGGAGACCGUUCGGGGCUACAGUGUUCCCGAAUCGGAGGAGCCGGCACCUGAGUACUUGGCACACAAGCUUGAGCAGAUUGAGAAUGGGGAGCCGACUGCGAGUUAUCUGGAUGAAGUCAUUUCACGUAAGGAGUCCAACUCGCUUCAACUUCAGACAUCCUUGGAUAAUCAGGGCCGGCUACGGGUCAUGCGUCAGAAACCAAAGGGGCGACUUCCACAGAACACGGAGGAGCUGCGAGCAAAGCUGCGGCUGGAGGCUUCGGCUUGGGUCAUGCUCUCAGCCAAGUGCAAGGGGCGUGCUUACCUUCAGGACCUCCGCUUGUCACAUUUUGAUCGUUAUCUGGAGUUUCUUCUGGGUGACAAAUGUUACAAUAUGCAAGUGGCCGGCGCGGCUCCUACAAGCUCGGCGGCACAAGCGGAGCGGCACGCUCUUGCUGUCCCAUGGAACGUUUUGCUUCAGUAUGAGUUUGAACUUCGUAAGUGGGCAAUCAAGGAGGCUCAUCGUGAUGGUAUUCCACUCGGGGAUAAGUUGCAUGAGGCCACACGCAACACGGAACUCAAGGAGUUGCACUUCACUUCUCAGGUGGCACUCUCCAAGCGCUCCGGACCUGUUGAUCCCCCGCCCCCAGCCAAGUGGCCUCGCAAGGGCAAAGGUGAGAAAGGCGAGAAGGGCG